UAAAGAGGCACCAUCUUGGCACUUCUUUCGGUUCUCCUCAUCCAACAAACAAUCCACCACCAUAACCAAUAUACAAUCAGCCCCCACCACCACCUCAAAGCCUUAUAAACAAACACCCACAACAGCUCACCAUGGUUUCCCUGGCCUACUUGAUCACUCUUCUUUCGGUCCUUGUUGCAGUCUCUCGGGCAGACGAAGUGACUAGUACCAAGGGAGCAGAGGUUGACGCGAAAUGGUACGGGAACUACUACGGUUCGUAUUCGUAUUCGAACAUGAUCUCCUGGAGCGGUUCCUACUUCAACACUUUCAAUCUCAACCCAUGGAUAACCACUUGGGGCAACAUGUACGGCCCGUGCUUCGGAGGGGCGGCCUUCCCCUUCGGGUACAGCCGGUUCUUUGCCAAGGCCACCGAGGCCGAGGCUCACAGCGUCAGCCGACGGGCUACCCGUCUCGAUGCCGAGCACCUCUUCCGUCGCGAGUCCAACGAACCGGAUAGUGUCAGCUGUCUGAGCGACAAGGGAGCUUCUGAACUCUUUUCCAAGUCGGAAUGUGCCAAAGCUGCAGAAACCUUGCACCGGGAAAAGGCUCACUCGGCUACCAGUGGAAACUGCAGACUGUCUCUCUUCACUGAGAAGGACAAAGUAUUCGCCAAAGACCUCCCGGAAAAAACACUGCAAGAUGCCGUCCAGAGCAUCUUGAAGACCUGCGGCCAGAAGAGCCAGAGCCCAGGCCAAAAGAGCCACAUCGACGACAAGCAGGCGAUCAUGAUCCUCUCCAAGGCUUAACAAUCUUCUCUACUCGUUCUCCGUCACAUAAUUUCAUAUAUAUGUACCAUCUGAACAGUCCCCUGUCUCUUUCUUUUCCCUCUUGCUUUUUGUACCUAUAAUCCUCUCGAAAGCCGAAGCUUUGGUCGGUUCAUCAUGUGUCUCAAUGUACAAAUCCUUUACUGAUCUCUAGACUAGAUCAAGUCAUGAGUCUUGACCUGUCGUUCUCCUAAUCACCUGGCUCUCCGUGUGAUUGUAUCUCUGGCAUUGCGA